CACUGUAGCUCGAGUCAUGACAAGUAAGCAAUGGUGAAAGUCUGUUAUGUAUUUUGAUUUGAUAUAUUCAUACAUCAAUGCUUUAGUAUGGUAAUUAUCAAUGCAUGCAUUACAAACACUAUUUAGAUAAAAAAUAUAUAUAUAAUGAUAAAAUGUAAAAAAAAUACCAAUGGAAAUGCAGAAAAGUGUGAGAGGUACACUUAUUCACAGUGAGGUCUCUGAACAGGCUGGAAAUGGCAGUUGAGGUCCUUACAGUUUAUCGGUGUUUUGGAGGGCGCUAGAUGGAAUGGGCAGUAAUCGGAGGUGUUACCAGCAAUCUGGAUACUGCAGGACUCGUCGAAUGAGCUCUCAAUUUUAUAUCUGGUAAGGUGUUCCAGCCCCCCUAUUCAUUCUAUAAACAAAUGAAAUUUUUGUGUAGUUAUUAUUAUAUUGUUUAGCUUCUUUGUUUCUGUCAUUCCAAUUGGAAAUUUUCUCCUUUCCUCUUUAGUUAAUUGCAAAUUUAAUGCCUUUGCUACUGCGAUCCGAAGUAUUGAUCUGUCCAUCUGAUUAACUUUGUCUAUUUCCGUCUUCGAUAUAGUUCCUAGGACGUUGAAGACUGAUGGCUCUAAUCUCCUUAUGAGGUUAUAGGAACUAAUAAAGUAUCCGAGAGAUGGCGCUGCUGUAUGCAAACAACAUUUGCUCCGAAUUUCCAAGAUGUGGCAUGCAUAAAUCUUGUGCAGCAAAAAUGUUAAGGCAAUUACUUGGUAGACGGUUCUUGGUUUUUGCUAUAGCCUGGCUUGCUUAUGCAUCUGGUUACCUGCUAAGAAAACCCAUUGGAGUGAUAAAAGUUGACUUGGAACAAGAAUUUAAAUUCACAAAGCUGCAGCUAGGAUGGAUGGACUCUGCCUUGACACUACCAUAUGCAACUUUUCAAGUGUUAUUUGGAUCAGUUGGUGACACACUUGGUGCUAGACGUACAUCAUCUGCUGGAUUGCUGAUCGCUGCUGUAUCCAUGGUUAGCUUUGGCUAUUGGAACCACCUAAGGAUGUUCCUGAUGUUACUGGUCAUCAAUGGCAUUGGUCAGUCCCAGUGCUGGCCAAACUUCAUAAAGAUCAUAGGAUUGUGGUUUACGAACAGUAAUAGAAAUACUGUGUUUGGAAUCUAUGGAACAUGUGCCUUCGCCGGUGGAAUUGCAGGAACAUCUCUCGCGGUGUAUCUCCAGGCAUCCUAUGGAUGGAGACACAUCUUCUUUCUACCAUCUGUGAUUGUGGCAGUCUCGAGUGUUCUGGUUUUCCUCUUCUGCUCUGAGCCCUCUGAGCUAGGACUUGUCAUUCCAAGCAAAGAUCUGCAAACUACGUCCAACAGGGAUGUUUCGACUGUACUAUCCUGGUCAGAACUCUUAAAAAUGCCGAUUCUAAUCGAUGUGUCAUUGGCCAUGUUCUGUUUGAAGCUUGUGAGAUACUGCAUGUAUAUGUGGCUACCAUUGUAUCUACUAAGUCAUCUUAGCUAUGGUAAAACGGAAGCCGGCAUGUUUUCCACGAUGUUUGAAGUGGGAGGAGUGGUCGGCAGUGCAACAAUAGGACUCGUGAUUGAUAGGAUGUUCAAAGGCAACGGCAUCUUGGGAUCAGCGAUUUCGGCUCUCUUCUGUACAGUGUGUUUGUUGUGCUUCACGCUCACCCGCCACUGGGGAGUCGCCUUCAACAGUGCAUUCAUGGUGCUCGUAGGAGCUUUCAACUGUGGACCUGACACCAUCUUGGGAGGCUCUGUCUCAGCACAGCUGGGAGAGAUGAAUGGCCGCUCAUCCGCAGCUUCCGUGACUGGCAUUGUUAAUGGAUUUGGCACUCUGGGCACCGUGGUGCAGGGACCAUUGAUCGGCUUUGUAUCAGAACACUAUGGCUGGCCAGCCGUCUUUUACAUCAUGGUCGCUUUCUCAAUGUUGGGGAGUGUGUGCAUCUUUCACGCCAGCACGCUAAAGGCUGCACUCGCACAGGAACAGUCAACGAGCUCUGGCGACAGUAGGAGGGAUAUACAACGGCUGUUAGUAGAGCAGGAAAUCUAGCAUUUGUUAAAAGAAAAUGUUUGACGAAAUAAUGGGUCAAUUAGGUGACAUUUUAAUGAUAAAAUAAUAGUAAUUUACAAUGACCCAAAUGUUAUAAAUGCACAAUUUACGGGUGAUAGUAAUAACUUAAAUAUUUUAUUUCCCUAUAGUAUUAGCACGUGGUGCUAGAAGUGUGCUACAGAAAUUACCUUUAUAUCACUGAAUUAUAUUUAAUAUUUUAUUAAAUUAUAUAUUAUAAUUAUAAUUAUAAUUAUAAUUACACUGAGUGUGGAGUAAAGGAAGUCUGCAAUGAGCACAAGACAA